GGAAAGUGCUGUGAGUGAAAACUUCUUCCUUAUUUUCUCCUUUUAAACGGUUAUUUGAAGGGAAUUUAGCAUUAUAGGCACGCGUUUGAGAUGCAUAUGCUGAUUAGCAAUGGCAAGGCUGCUGUCAUUGGUAGGAUGCAGAGGUACAUCAUUUCCUGUCUGUGCCUUAGACUCUACUGUUCUGCUGGCACUUCGACAAAGCUGGCUCCCAUUCCUAAGGGUUGGCAGUGUUAAUGGGGUCUGUAUUAAACAGUAUGGCAUCAGCAGCUCUUUGAAAGGGAAGAAGUCUCAACAUAAGUACUUUCCAUGCAAUCAGCUCUACCAGAUAUCACUGUUGAGUACAGAUGCACAGCAACAGCAACUCAGACGAGGAAGUGCAGCCGACACAUCCAUUCAUUUGCCGGCCGACAAAACACAAACUUCCAGUACCUCAUUAAAGAAGAUAAAACCCUCGGAAUAUAAUAGAUUGUUUGCUUUAGCUGCUCCGGAAAAAUGGACUCUAGCCGGUGCUAUUAGUCUCCUGGCAAUCUCGAGUUCAAUAACAAUGUCAGUGCCCUUUGCGUUGGGCCAUGUCAUCGACAUCAUCUACACAGCUGACCCAACAGCCAUGAAGCAAAAUCUGGACAAGGUCUGCCUUGCCCUGACCGGGAUCUUCCUGCUGGGGGCAUCAGCCAACUUUGGCCGCGUCUACCUCAUGAACAUAGCAGGCCAGCGCAUAACCCGGUCACUGCGCUCUUUAGUAUUUGCUUCGGUGAUGAAGCAAGAAAUUGGCUUCUUCGACACCAACAAGACUGGGGAGCUGAUUAACCGCCUCUCAGCUGACACGUCCCUCGUUUCCCAGUCGGUCACUAUGAACAUCUCUGAUGGUCUGCGGUCAGUUGUCAUGGCAUUGGCGGGGGUGGGCAUGAUGUUUUACAUGUCUACCAAACUAGCCAUUGUUGGUCUGAGUAUUGUACCACCUGUAGCUCUCCUGGCAAUAGCAUACGGUCGCUAUGUUCGCAAUAUUACUAAGAGUGUCCAGGACACACUAGCUCAGGCAACUCAAGUGGCUGAAGAAAGAAUUGGCAAUGUCCGCACAGUCAGGUCCUUCGCACAGGAACUCAAGGAAAUCCAAACGUAUGACUCUAAGAUUGAUCAUGUCCUCAGGCUCACAUACAAGGAGUCGUUGGCAAAAGGAAUAUUUUUUGGAAUGACAGGGCUGAGUGGCAACAUUAUCAUCCUAUCAGUCCUCUACUAUGGAGGAGGUCUCGUGGCUGAGUCUGCCCUUAGCGUUGGGCAGCUGUCUUCCUUCCUCCUGUAUGCAGCUUAUGUGGGCAUUGCACUAGGGGGGAUUUCUACCUUCUACUCAGAGAUGAACCGUGGCAUAGGGGCAUCAACCAGGCUCUUCUCCUUGAUGGACCGCGAACCAGCCAUUCCAACACAGGGAGGUUUAACACUCCCUGUGAAUGAGGUGAAAGGAGAAAUCCGAUUUAGCAAUGUAAAUUUUGCUUAUCCAUCGAGACCUGAUCUUACACUAUUUAAAGACCUUGACUUUUUCGUGCCUGCAGGUUCAGUGGUGGCUGUCGUUGGUGCAAGCGGCUCGGGAAAGAGCACCAUUGGCUCUCUCCUCCUGCGACUCUAUGACCCCAUUGCUGGAGAGGUCACAGUGGAUGGUGUGCCCAUCACUCAGCUGGAUCCAGCCUGGCUGAGAGCUCUCAUCGGCUCUGUUAGUCAGGAACCCGUCCUCUUUUCUACUAGCAUCCGUGAAAACCUCCUCUAUGGAGCCCAAGAUCCUAACAGCAUCACAGAGGAACAGCUGGUGAGUGCAGCACAGGAGGCCAACGCCCUGAACUUCAUUCAUUCUUUCCCCGAGGGCUUUGAUACCCUAGUGGGGGAGAGGGGAGUCAUGCUCUCCGGCGGGCAGAAGCAGAGGAUUGCCAUUGCAAGAGCUCUCAUCAGCAAUCCUCGCAUCUUGUUGCUGGAUGAAGCUACCAGUGCACUUGAUGCUGAAAGUGAAAGCUUAGUCCAGGAAGCCCUGGAGAGGCUCAUGAAAGGACGAACAGUGAUCACCAUCGCACACAGGCUUUCAACUAUUAGGAAUGCAGAUCAAAUUGCUGUUCUCCAGGAUGGGACCAUUGCAGAGCUCGGUUCCUAUAAAGAUUUAAUGGCACAACCCAGUGGCAUCUUCCGCAAGCUGGUAGAGAGACAGACUAUCACAAGCUAGGGGAAAAUGCUAGUGUAGACACUGAGUAGUAAAUAUGAGCAAGUAUUGUUGUAUUAUAAUGUACCUGCAAGAGUCUUUUAUUUAGGAUAUUAGCAUUGUUGCUGGAUAGGUAGCAGUUCUAAGACUGUCAUUUAUGAGACUGGUUUGAUCUCCUAUUUGGCAAUAAAUAUCUCUAGUAUCAUUUUCAUUAAACAGUGCCCUGUUUAUUGUACAUUUACCUCUCAAGCCUUUGUAAAUCUAAUUGAUAAUUUAUUUAAUUAAUAAAUUGCAAAACUUUACCUCUUCAUAUAUUUAGUUGCCUUGCAACUAGAUAUAUCCUUUGUUUCUGUAUUUUUCCUCAGGCCUCAUCCAGAGUUGUGGAAUGAGUUUCUUUCACUGAGAAUUAGAAUUUGUAAUUUAAUUAAACUCUGAGGUAUUUAUUAGAGUUGAAAAUUGAAAAAAAAGCAAAUGAGAACUCAAUGAUGAUAGUAUAUUUGACCAGAAAUAUAAAUAGCCAGGUCAUUUCUAUCAUAUAAGAUAAACAAGAAAGACUAUGUGGCUGUCUACUUAAGACCAAAAUACUGUUGUAAAAUCUGCUAUGCACAAAGAAAAUUUUGAUUUUUUUAAUCUUUAUAUUAGUCAUAGAUAUAUAAGUAUUCCAAAUUUUAUUCAAUCUGAUCCCAAAAACCGUGAAGGAAAAAGAAAUAUUAUGUCAGUUUCUCACCUGAGGGAGAAUAUGGACCUCUCAUGGUUGUUGGGAAUGUAUUGGUUUAUCAAACUAAAUGAAAGUAAGUGAUAAUAUUGAUAAAAAGUUGAAUUGUUUCAGAACAAGAGUUUUUUAUUGUUACUAAUGAACAAGUAUAAUUUUUUUUUUCUUUUUUCAAGGUGUAUAGUAAGGUAUACUUUGCAUAAAUAUAAGAAUAUCAUGUUUGAAUGUGUGUGUGUGUGUGUUUGGAUACACGUGAAUUUGUUUGUUGAUGUGUGUCUGAAUUCACAGUUCAUGUGUGAAUAUAUCCAUAUGCAUGUAUAUAUCAUUGUUACUAAUGUAUUUAUGUGGGUAUUUGCCCAUAUGUUGUUUACUUUUAAUUGUCCAUUAUAUCAAUUCUGAACAAUAAGAAGGUAGCUACUUUUUUUUUGUAAAAUUACAAGUGCAAUACAAAUUCUAAAUUAUUUUUUAACUGUUGACCAACUAUUUUGGAGUAUGUUUAGUAAUUUUGGCUUCCAUGUUUUCUUUCUUUCUGUCUGUUCAUAUUUAUUUCUCAAUUAUCUUCUUAUGAAGUUUAUAGACCAUUAUAUGGGGUUAGAAUUUGUUUUGUGAGAUAACUUAUGCAAUUUUUAUUCAUCAUCUGUUUAUUUUUAUAUGUGAUAGUAUAUGACAUGAAAUGAGGUUUAUCAAUAGCACCUUUACUUUCUUUUAUAAUAUUACAGUUUUAAAUAUAUGAUGCACAAGAAAAUGAUGAAACAGAUCUGAUUAGAUGAAGAAGUGUUACAAGCACUGGAAAAACUGAGCAGGUGGGAAGUGAAGUGUUAUGAAAAAUAAGCACAUUAAGAAAAUGAAACAAUAGCUAACCUUUUUCUCUUUUUUUUCUGUUUUUCUUUUCAUUGACUUGCUUCACAUUACAGAAGAGAUGGUUUAUCUACUUUCCACUUUUUAUGGAUCGACCAAGUAUCUUUUGUCUGUAAUUUGAGGCAACUUUGUGAAUAAUGAAUACAGCAAGUUGAGUGCUCUGUUAGUGUAUUGUUUUUAUAGAAUAGAACCUUUAUAUAAAGUCUUUGAUUUACACAAAUCAUUCAGAUUAUUUUUUCUUAUUUUUUCAAUAUAUUUUCUCAUUUAGGAUAAUUUUUGACUGUUUGAAACUAGUGUCAUUUUUUUCCCUUUGAAAAUCACCUGUGUUAUAGAAAUUGUAGUAGUGAAACAGAUAGGCUGAAGACAACAAUGAGAAAGACAAAGCUUCCUCUGUGUCUUCCAUAAGCCAGUUUUAUUUAAAGGUAUUUGUACAAGGUGUAUUUAGCUUCUACUUUCAUCUCCCAAGUUAAUUCUCCUGUGUUUACUAGCAAAACAGAAGGCUUACUAGAACUUUGUUUCUGUAGUGGGUGAUAGGGAUAGAGCUAAAUGAAACACAGUUUGUCUUUCUCUACUUUUUUGUUUGUUUAAUUUAUUUGUUUGUUAUUAUUGUGUGUUAAAUUGUUAGAUUACACGAUUUUCAUUAUUGGUAUAGCAUGAUGCUCAUCAUGAGUUAUAAUGUAUAAACAUGUAUUUAAGAUGUAGAAUUGUUUAGAUUGUUUCACAUAUAUAUAUAUUUGGGAAAGUGAUGAUAAUAAAAAUAUUGAGUGAUAA